UACCCGAAUUGAAAAAAUGACUAGACUACUAACAGAAUAACCAAUACAAAAUAAACAACAACAACAAAAAAAACACCACAGCAUCAGACAUAAAUUAAUUGACACUGCUUUGCUAGGUACACCUAGCCUUUACUAAAUAGAAAACUCUGAAGGGCAGACCACCCUAUAUUACAGCUGAAUCCAGCAGCCAAGGGAAAACAAAAAACAAAACAAAAAACAAGACAAAGCAUCUUGCAGAGACAGUAUAAAGCCCAAAAAGCAAAUUAACAAAUAGGCCAGAAAACACAUAAUCAAUAAAGAAUAACAAAUAUGGCCAGCAAAAACCAGGAAAAGGACAAACAUGCCAAACCUAGAGCACCAAAAAAACAGAACAAAGACACAAAAGAGAUAGAGGAAGCAAUAAUAGCACAACAGAUGAAACUUUAAAAAAAUAGGGCCACAAGAGAAAAACAAAGACGAGCACAAAGAUCCAAUGAAGAUUAAAAAAAAGAACAUGACAGAGCCAAACAAAGACGCAAAGAAAUAAGAGAAAAGCAGAGUCCAGAGGAACAACUACUAAAGCAAAAGCAAUACGCAGAAGCAAAAAGAGCUAGAAGAAGACAAAAGACUGCUACAGAACGACAAUUACAAUGACAAGAAAUAAUCCAGAAAAAAAGAGUUCAGAUCAAGGAAACAACUGCAACCAAACACACAGCAACAUUUCCAAAUGACAUAGCAAUUACUAUGGAAAACAACAUUGCUACACACACGUCAAAAUUUACAGCAAAACACAGACAUUGACAAGACACAGAAAGAGGACAAAAAACCCAAACCCAAAAGAAAGAGACAACAAAACAUUGACACACAACAAAUAGAAGGGGAGACAACAGAACACCAGGAACAGCUGAACAAACAAACAAACAAACAAACCACAGAAGAGCAACAAAGAUGAGCAAAUAAAACAAGGGAGGAGAAGCAAAAAAGAACAUCAGAGAAACGUACAAAGACGAAAAGAAAAGAGAGUAAACCAGACUCCAGAGGAGCAACAAUUACAAUGCAAAUGAGAAGCAGACAUGAAAAAACCCAGAAGAAGAGAACAGACUUCACAAAAACAACAUACACAAUGACAACAACUGACCUGUGCAGCAAUAAACACAACAACAAUGAUAAAUAACAUAGCUGACAUUAAGGAAAACAACAUCCAGCCACAGACAUGUGGGAACUUGGACCAAAGAUGUGAAUUCUGCAAUGCUAAACAUUUUGAAGGAGAAAGACCCACAGACCGCAAAUUUACACAAUGCUGCUCAAAGGGGAAAGUAAACCUACCCCCAUUACAACAGACCCAUUCAUCGAGCAACUUAUGACUGGACAACAUCAACACAGCAGAAACUUCAUGGAGAAUGUCAGAUCCAUAAAUAGUGCACUAGCAUUUGCCUCCAUGGGAGCAAACAUAGUAACACCACCUGGCCAUGGGCCGUACUGCUUCAGGAUACACGGCUCAAUUUGCCACAGAACAGGCACGCUGCACCCACAGCAGGGCCAAGACAGACAAUUUGCCCAAUUAUACAUCUUAGAUCCCACUGAGGCCACAGAGAAAAGAUUGCAAAAUAAAGCCAAUACAAAAAUAAAGCCACAACUCAUGCAAGCACUAAUUACACUGAUGGCAAAUAACAAUCCAUUUGCUGAAGCUUGCAAAAUGCUACACCAAGUAGAAACAGAGUGUCAAAAGGAUGCAAACCAGACAGGCGAUGCUAUUAAGGAAGUGACCUUAACGAUAGUCCAAGACCGUGAGCAUGAUCCAAGACGUUAUAAUGCACCACAACACAAUGAGGUAGCAUUUAUUUUCAAAAAUAAUGACGGUGAACCACCUCUAGAAAGGGAUCUACUAAUCCACUGCAAACCAGGUGUGGGAAAACCAGAUCAUAAAAUAACACAGAGAAUAAGUGUCCUAGACCCCAAUCUAGAGCCCUUGGUUUACCCAUUGCUAUUCCCCUAUGGAGAGCAAAGCUGGGGGAUAGACAUACCUUUGCAACUUAGGCCACAAGCCUUAAAGAAUUUAACAAAGCAGCCACGUGCACCAAGAGUCCGAGUCACCCAGAUGCAAUACUAUGGCUACCGUCUAUCCAUCAGAGACAAGAUAAACCCCUUCCUAAAUGCUGGACGCCUAACACAGCAAUACAUGGUAGAUGCUUAUGUGAAGACAGAGGCCAACAGACUCAAUUUUGUCCGGCAAAAUCAGCCAAAAUUGAGAGUGGAAAAAUACUCUGGAUUGAUGGACCACUUAAAUGAAGCAACCAGUGCAACAGGCCUCAUUCCCGGAAACACAUUUAUCUUGCCAUCCUCAUUUGCAGGUAGCCCUAGAAACAUGCUCCAGAACUAUCAGGACGCAAUGGCGAUUGUGAGAAAGUACGGAAAACCAGAUCUCUUCAUAACAAUGACAUGCAACCCCAAUUGGGAAGAAAUUGUAGAAAACCUUGAACAUGGCCAAGCUGCUGCAUCACGACCAGAUUUAGUGGCAAGAGUCUUCCACCUAAAACUAAGAUCAUUAAUUGAUGACAUCUACAAGAAACAUAUAUUUGGACCACCCACAGCCAUUGUGUAUGUCAUUGAGUUCCAGAAAAGAGGUUUGCCACAUGCACACAUAUUGCUAAUCCUGACAGAAAACUACAAACCAAAAACCGAAGCGUCCAUAGACAGCAUAGUAUCUGCAGAAAUCCCAGACAUUGAAAAAACACCACGACUUCAUGCAAUCAUCACAAAGCAUAUGAUCCAUGGACCAUGUGGAAAUCACAAUCGGCAUUCACCAUGUAUGUCAAAUGAAAAAUGCACCAAAGAAUUCCCGAAAGAAUACCAAGAACAGACUGUUUCCAACAGAAACGGUUACCCCAAAUAUAGAAGAAGAAACACUGGUGAGAGCAAAAUGCAAAAAGGAAAACCAAUUGAUAACAGGUGGGUUGUACCCUAUAAUCCCUUUCUAGCCCUAAAAUAUAACUGCCACAUCAACGUCGAAGUCUGUGCUUCAAUAAAGAGUGUGAAAUACCUUUUCAAAUAUGUAUACAAGGGCCAUGAUUGCGCAAAUGUUGUAAUCCAAGAACCAGACACUUUGAACCACGAUGAAAUCAAAACCUACAUGGAUUCACGGUAUGUUAGCGCCCCAGAAGCAGCAUGGCGUCUAAAUGGAUUUGAGAUGCAUUACCAAUCCCAUACAGUACACAGACUAGCAGUCCAUCUCCCAAAUGAGCAAUCAGUAAUUUUCAACCCCAAAGACAUUGGCAGAGCAACCGACAGAGCAACAAGUCGUGAAACACAAUUGACAGCAUGGUUCAAACUGAAUCAACAAGACCAGAAGGCAAGAAACAUAUUAUACACAGACAUCCCAUUAUAUUAUGUCUUUGACACCUCAAACAGCACGUGGAAAAUACGGCAGCGUAAUGCAGACAAGGUGAUUGGCAGAAUGUACUCUGUCAAUUUGACAACAGACCAAGAGCGCUAUUGCCUACGCCUCCUACUGCUGCAUGUUCCAGGAGCAACAUCCUAUGGAAACCUCAGAAGCGUAGAUGGAACUGAACACCCAACUUUCCAAGAAGCAGCAAAAACAAGAGGCCUCAUAAAUGAUGAAAAAGUUUGGGAAAGUACACUCAAAGAUGCAGCACAAUACAACAUGCCACAGCAAAUCAGAGAACUCUUUGCCUAUAUCUGUGUCUUUGCAUCCCUCCAAAACAUGCAGGAGCUAUUUACAAAAUAUGAACAGUACCUCAUUGAGGAUUAUGUCCAUAAACAUCAACAACACAAUAAAGAAUGCACAGUAUGUCGUGACCUCGCCCUCCAAGAAAUUGCCAAGAUUUUAACAAUCCAUGGAAAAAAAUGCACAGACUACGGCUUGACAUACAACAUGCAGAAUACAGAGCAACUUACAGAUACAUACAACCAAGCCAAUGAAAGACAAGCAGCAGAACAGAUGUCAAGAACCUUCAAUGAAGAGCAAAAAGCAGCCAUGGAACAAAUUAUAACAGCAAGCCAAAAUGAUGAGCUAGAACACCGCUGCUUUUUCUUGGAUGGGCCAGGAGGCAGUGGAAAGACAUACUUAUAUAAAACCAUACUCAGCACAAUUUGUGGCCAAAGUGAACUCGCGCUCCCUGUAGCCUCCACAGGAAUAGCAGCAAACCUUCUACAAGGAGGCAGAACAUAUCACUCACAAUUCAAACUGCCACUACCAGUACUUGAAAACUCUGUGUCUAACAUGCACCUCAAUUCCCAAGAUGCAAAACACAUUAAAAAAGCCAGAAUAAUCAUUUGGGAUGAGUCAACGAUGGCACCCACUCAAGCACUAACAACAGUAGACAAACUAAUGAAGGAAAUCAUGGAGAACAACAAGCCCAUGGGAGGUAAAUUGUUUUUACUGGGAGGAGAUUUCCGACAAACACUUCCAAUGGUGGUGCCACACGGAACCCAAACACAUAUCGUUGAAGCCUGCAUAAAAUUCAAUACACUGUGGCACACAUUCAAGAUCCUAAAACUGCAAAACAAUAUAAGAUCAAAAGACCCAGAAUUCAGCAAGUGGCUCAUCACAGUAGGCAGUGGAGAGACACCACGCAUUGAGGGAUUACCAGAAAACAUCAUAGAGAUCCCAGCAAGCAUCAUAUGCAGAAAAGAUAUCGUCAGAGAAAUUUUCGGAGAAAAAAUUCAAGUGCAAAACGUCCAAAACAUAGCGAGCAGAUCCAUCCUUUGCCCAAAAAACAGUGAUGUUGACACCAUCAAUGACCAGGUGCUCAGCAUAUUGGAGGGAGAAAAAAUAAAUUAUCUCAGUUCAGACUCAAUAGAUGACACCACUGAGGAAGAUGCCAAAAACUACCCAGCAGAAUUCCUUAAUGACCAAACACCCGCAGGAAUGCCAAAACAUACACUCACCCUGAAAGUAGGCGCAAUAAUAAUGCUCCUAAGAAAUCUUAAUACAAAAAAAGGAUUAUGCAAUGGCACCCGCCUAAUUGUUAAAAACCUAGAAAAGAAUAUCAUUAUAGCACAAGUUAUUACAGGAACGGCGCAAGGAGACAUGUUCUUCAUCCCAAGAAUUGAUUUGGCACCAACAUGCACUGACUUGCCAUUCACCUUAAGAAGUCGACAAUACCCAGUAAAAUUGGCUUUCGCUAUGACAAUAAACAAAUCACAAGGACAAACCCUGGAAAAGGUCGGAAUCUAUUUGCCUGAACCAGUGUUCAGCCACGGACAAUUAUAUGUAGUGUUGUCGAGAGUUAGAAGUUUUAAAGACGUCGUAGUCAGGGUGCUGGAAGGCCCAGAACAAGGAAGACUAAGAGCAGGCUCAGAACAGAUAUUCACCAAAAAUGUUGUGUAUAAAGAAAUACUAUAAGGGCAGAGGGUGGAAGAACAAAAAAAAAAUUAAUAAAAAACAUUACUUCAACGAAGAAAAGACUGAUGAGUAUUUAAGAGCUAAAUAAAGUAGAAGGAAGAACAACAACAAAAACAGAGACAACAAAAAAAACGGGGAAAAAACAAACAAACAAACAAAAAACCAAAAGAGAGAGAGACAAACAG